AUGGUUUCCGUCACCCUUACCUAUCGCCAGCCGGGCACGCAGCCGCCCAUAUUCGUCGCUGGGUCCUUCUCCGAUCCGCAAUGGCAGCCUCUCGAGAUGGACUUUACUACCGAGGAAGGAGGAGAACAUACGUUUUACAAGAACGUUGAGGUCCCACCAAGCUCGCAGAUCCAAUAUAAGUUUCGAGUUGGUCUUGGUGACUGGUGGGCUUUAAACGAAGACGCCGCCAAGGUUACCGACGAUUCUGGAAACCAGAACAACGUCCUGACAGCUCCGGCUUCUCAAGAGUCUACGAACCUGAAUGGUGUGAAACCCCAAGAAGAACAAGACGCGACAUCCACUGCGAAUAUGGAUACCUCAACUGCUGCGGCUGCCCAUUCGGCUUCUCAGCUUGAGCCGAAGCCCAGAACCAUCCAGCAUCUGAAGGAUGAGGAACGCCAGCGGUUGUCAUCGACGCCGAUCGAGCAGGUUGCAGACACUGCCGCAGAAGUUGCCGAUACCGCUAAGAAGCUUGAUGCGGAGGAUAACGAGAGCCGAUUGGCACCGCUCAACCGGCUCAAAGACGACGAGAGAAAACGUCUUUCUUCGACUCCAAUCGAGCAGGUUGCAAACACCGCCGCAGAAGUGGCUGACACUGCGAAGAAGCUUGACGCGGAGGACGAUUCCAGUCGAUUGGCACCGCUGAACCGCCUGAAAGAUGACGAGAGAAAACGACUUUCCUCGACUCCCAUUGAGCAAGUCGCUACUACUGCGGCAGAGGUUGCCGACACUGCAAAGAUGCUGGACGUUGAUCAGGACUUCGACGACAAGGAUCUCGUCGACGAAGGACCGCCGCCCCUCUUCACUCAUGAAGCUCUCGGUCCCUAUGAACCACCAAGCGACGACGACGACGAGGCCAAGGAGACGGAGGACCAUGGCACUGUCGUGUACGAUGUGGACAAGUAUGACCUCAACGACCCUACCCUGGAAAGACUGCCAUCCAACCGUGACGGUAUCAUGAACGCUGUCCGAAAGGUCGAGACGGGACGCAACGAAGACCACACGCACUUCCACGGCACCCCCAUGUCGCCCAUUGUUGGAUCCAGGAGAACAAGCUUGGACCCCUAUGAGGAGGCCGUGAUCUCUCCAGGACCCUCUAGUCCAGGUCUCGGAAAGAAGCUCGAGUUGCCUAGAAAGUCACAUGGUUCAAUGGUAUCGGAGAGAUCGCUCGCUUCCCUUGGUUCUAUUGUCGAGGAAGAAGGCAGAGAGUCGCCAGGUGCGGACGAAGCAAGUCGCGAGAAUGGCGGCCCUAUUCGAGUUCCUAGCCCUGCGAUACGCCCAACCCCGAACGUCUUCACCUCUCCCGCUAGUGACGAGGAUGAGGGAGUCGUUAUGAAGGGCUCCAAGUCCAAGUUCAAGAAGAGUUCCGAGUCCCCCAGAUCAGAUUCACCAGAUCUCAACGGCAACACCAACGGCAAGCACUCGAGAGACCUCUCUCCGAAGUCACGACCUGCGCAACCGGAUAGCCCCAGUAUCCUUGUGCAGCCCCCUGAAGAUACCGCGGAAUCCAGCAUCCCCGCGGCUUCGUCCACCGCCCGAGACGACGGCCACAAGGGCCAGCUUAAAAAGCGUGGAGGAGCGUCGUCCGCUGAUCGUCCGGGAACCCCCUCAUCCAUACACAGCGUCGCAGACAGCAAGGGCAACUGGCUGUCGGCCUUCUUCCGCGUGCUUUUCGUCGACUGGAUUGGUGGUCUGUUUAGCCGGUUAUUCGGCAGCAAGAGAAAGGUGAUGCUGGCCACGAGCACGGCCGCCAUCGUCCUCGGGGCUGCGUGGUGGAAGUUUGCCUCCGACGGCGAUCUGAGCUGGCUGGAGGCGUGGCAGAGGUGGGUGCUCUGA